AUGUGGAUUAUUGAUUGGUUCUACAACGUCCUCUCGAGCCUUGGUCUGCUCAACAAGCACGCCAAGCUCCUUUUCCUCGGUCUCGACAAUGCCGGCAAGACGACUCUGUUGCACAUGUUGAAGGUACGAUACCCGAAAGCCCAAAUCGGACCGCAAGCUGCCAGAGACCUCCCGUCUGCCAUGGUCCGGAUGCGCCGAUAUGGGAUAUCAAGAGCUUUCGGUGCCGACACGAGGGACACUUCCGAGGAGCUCGCCAUCGGCAACGUGCGCUUCACAACCUUCGAUCUCGGCGGUCACCAGCAGGCCCGCCGCCUCUGGAAGGACUACUUCCCCGAAGUCAACGGCAUCGUCUUCCUCGUCGACGCCAAGGACCACGAGCGAUUCCCCGAGGCCAAGGCCGAGCUUGACGCUCUUCUCUCCAUGGAGGAGCUGGCUAAGGUCCCCUUUGUGAUCCUCGGCAACAAGAUUGACCACCCCGACGCCAUUUCUGAGGAGGAGCUCCGUCACCAGCUCGGCAUGUACCAGACGACUGGCAAGGGCAAGGUGCCUCUGGAGGGUAUCAGGCCCAUCGAGGUUUUCAUGUGCUCGGUUGUCCUUAGACAAGGUUACGGCGACGGUAUCCGGUGGCUGUCUCAGUACGUCUAA